UCAAUCAGCUGUUUCUUCCCUUGCUUUGCUACCUUGUGUUGUGUGAUUUCAAUUUUUAUUUCAAGUUUUUAUAUUUAUUUGUGAUCAAUAAAUAAAUCAGUAACAAUUCUUGGCGUUAACGUUAUGAAGCUGGUUAAAAAAACCAUCAACCAAACUGGGCCGAAGCAUUCGGCUACUGUGAUUUUCUUCCACGGCUCUGGCGACACGGGAUCGAAUCUUGUCGAAUGGGUUCGUUUCUUGCUGGGCAAGGACCUAGAGUUUCCACACAUAAAAGUCAUCUAUCCCACUGCCCCCCUACAGCCAUACACGCCACUUGAGGGUGAGCUGUCCAAUGUUUGGUUCGAUCGCCGUUCCAUUACCAUUGAUGCCCGUGAAAACAGAAAGAGUCUUGCGUCUAUCUAUGAGACAGUUCAUGAACUAAUCAACGAGGAAGAGAAUCUAGGAAUUCCAGCCGAAAGAAUCAUUGUUGGAGGAUUCUCGAUGGGAGGUGCUCUGGCUCUACACACUGCCUACCAUUUGAACACAGACUUGGCGGGCGUGUUUGCUUGUUCGUCAUUCCUAAAUCGUGAUUCCAUUGUUUAUGAUUCAUUGAAAAAUCGAACGAAAUCCGGUACAGAUUUGCCAGAACUUAAAAUGUUCCAUGGUAGCAGAGAUUCAUUGGUGCCUUUGAAAUGGGGAGAGGAGUCAUUUGAAGAGUUGACAAAGUUGGAAGUGAAAGGAGAGUUCUCCGUUCUCAAAAAUACACUGCAUGAACUGAAGAAACGUGAGAUUUUAGAUAUCCAAGAUUGGAUCAGCACCAAACUGCCGCCUUUGGCCAACGAUUUACAAAAUAAGUUAUAGGGAAAUAGUUGAAAUGGUGGCAAAGGGAAAGGGAGAACCAAAGAAAUUUUAAAAUAAAACAGACUUUUACUGGGA